CCUAGAUCCAUACACAUAUCGACAUGAAGUCCUUCUGGACAUCCUCCAAAUUCGCAACAAAAGCUGUGCGCGUAACAACAACGCCAGUCCUGAAAAACCUAGGCGAAAGCAAGCUGGUUCUUGCGGCGCUGCAGAAAUUCGGUGAGGUAGUGACAUAUAGGAAUUUAAAGUAUGACCCCACGACCCCGAAAAUAUCCCCAAACAACAUACUCGCCAUCUUCGACUCGGAACAAGCAGCCGAGAACGCCAUAAAUGCAUCUCCCAUCACCAUACCCGUCCCCAAGGAGAUCAGACGUCGUCCCAGACAAGAAACGUCUCCGAGACCACCAUUGCCAACAUCUUCAAUGUCGGACAGAUUGAACAUGAACCUGAACAUGAAGAGCUCCCGCCCGAUUCACCCCGACAUCAACGCCCCCCAUCGCGAUACCUAUAACAACGACGAUGACGAUGUUUAUAUCGACGAUUAUACUGAAAAUUAUGACGAAAUUGAGAAUGCCAUUGACAAUGACAGUGAAAAUAGCAACGAAAAUACAGACCCAAACAACCCCACCGAAAGACCAACCUUCAUAACUUGCCGGAUCAAUCCAUCCCGAUACAACCACUACACCGCCCAAGGCAAGAACCCGUACUACUCCACCUUCUACCUGGUGCGGAACAGCUACCCCUAUAAGGAUCUAAGGGACACGGGGAUCCCGUUACGGGAGCUCGCGGACCCGCUGGUGGGGAAGAAAGGGCAGAUACCGAUGUCCGUUAAGAAGAAGGUACAGGAGGAGAAUGUGCGGUUGGGGGCGACGUCUUUGGUGAAGUUGUAUGAGGAGGGGCUUUUGAGGCCAAAGUCAUGA